CUUCCUCAAAUGUUGUGUUGUGAUGUACUUUAACCUAUCGUCUCCUCUGAGCUAUCAUUCUGGUGCCAGGGUGUUUGGUGCACUGCUGAGACUCCUGAACUGCUGAAAGGCCCCCACACGACUCCCAGUUCACCAUGUCCAAAAAAGUUGUAAGGACCAGUAAGUUCCGUCACGUCUUCGGCCAGGCUGCAAAAGCCGACCAAUGCUACGAUGACAUAAGAAUCUCCCAGAUGACAUGGGACAGCUUCUUCUGCUCCGUCAAUCCCAAGUUUGUGGCCAUGGUUGUUGAUGCCAGCGGUGGAGGAGCCUUCAUUGUGUUGCCUCUGAACAAGACAGGGCGUAUCGACAUGUCCUACCCAACUGUGUGUGGCCACACAGGACCAGUCCUAGACAUCGAGUUCUGUCCUCAUAAUGACAACAUCAUCGCCAGCAGCUCCGAGGACUGCAGCGUCAUGAUUUGGGAGAUCCCAGACGGCGGGCUGACCGCACCCCUCACAGAGCCAGUUGUUAAGCUGGACGGACACUCCAAACGUGUGGGCAUCCUGAGCUGGCACCCUACCGCCCACAACGUGCUGAUGAGUGCAGGCUGUGAUAACGUGGUGAUCCUGUGGAACGUGGCUUGUGGGGAGGCAGUGGUGAGGAUCGACACAGUGCACACUGACAUGAUCUACAGUGCCUGCUGGAAUAGAGAUGGAUCCCAGAUUCUCACCUCCUGCAAGGACAAGACCUUGAGGGUGCUGGACCCCCGCAAGGGCACCGUUCUUCUUGAGAAGGAGAAGCCUCAUGAGGGCUCCCGGCCAGUCAGGGCCAUCUUUGCGUCAGAUGGAAAGAUCCUCAGUACUGGCUUCAGUCGCAUGAGUGAGAGGCAGGUGGCGCUGUGGGACCCGAAAAACUUUGACUCACCGCUGACCCUGCAAGAACUGGACACUGGCAGCGGCGUCCUCCUGCCCUUCUUUGACCCGGACACCGGAAUCAUCUACCUCUGUGGCAAGGGAGACAGCAGCAUCCGUUACUUUGAGGUGACAGACGAGGCUCCAUACGUCCACUUCCUGUCCAUGUACAGUAGCAAGGAGAGCCAGAAGGGGAUGGGGUACAUGCCCAAGAGGGGGCUGGAGGUCAACAAAUGUGAAAUAGCCAGGUUCUACAAACUCCAUGACAGGAAAUGUGAGCCUAUCACCAUGACGGUUCCGCGCAAGUCGGAUCUGUUCCAGGAGGAUCUGUACCCAGACACCAUUGGCCCUGAGCCUUCAGUAGAGGCCGAGGAGUGGUUCCAGGGAAAAAAUGGCCAGCCUGUUCUGAUCUCUCUAAAGGAUGGGUUUGUAGCAACAACCAAAGCCAAGGAGUUCAAAGUCCACAAGAGUCUGCUAAAGACCACAACUACUUCUGCUGGGAAUCAGUCAGGAUCAACUGAGGAGGUUCAGUCCCUUAAACAGGAAGUCAAAGACCUGAAAGCAGCGGUCGAGGAGCUGACCAAGCGUGUGCGCGAGCUAGAGAGCAAGCAUUAAACAAGACAAGCUGUUAAAACAAGAAGUAUAAAUCAGGAGCUAAAACAGCGGAGCGAUUAUCAACGGCUCUCCUCCAAGAACUUCGGAUUGAAUGAGACAAAGGGAGAGAUUUCGCACAAAAAUCAUGUUACUUCAUUUGACUUUGGCUUGAAGCUUAAAUUUGUUUGAGUUUUCUUGUCAGUUUUGAAAUUAACCUUU